GUGCCGCGGGCGGACAGAGGGGCCAGCAGCCGGGGUCGCUCCAUCCCCGCUUCCGGCCGCGCCUCGCUGCUCUGGGAGCGGCUGCGGCGGCGUACGCAGUUUCCAUGGGGACUGAAGAUGGCGCCGCGAGAUAAACGGCUGUCUUCUACCCCGCUGGAAAUCCUGUUCUUUCUGAACGGGUGGUAUUAUGCUACCUAUUUUCUGCUGGAACUCUUCAUAUUUCUGUAUAAAGCUCUCCUGCUACCAUAUCCAACAGCCAACCUAGUACUGGAUGUGGUGAUGCUUCUCCUUUACCUUGGAAUUGAAGUAAUUCGACUGUUUUUUGGUACAAAGGGGAACCUCUGCCAACGAAAGAUGCCACUUGGUAUUAGCGUGGCCUUGACCUUCCCAUCUGCCAUGAUGGCCUCCUAUUACCUGCUGCUGCAGACCUACGUACUCCGCCUGGAAGCCAUCAUGAACAGCAUCUUGCUCUUCUUCUGUGGUUCAGAGCUGCUGCUUGAGGUGCUCACCCUGACGGCUUUCUCCAGUAUGGACAGGAUUUGAAGUACAAGCAUUUCAGCCAGCAGCCCUCAUGGGCUGAGACCACAGAUUCUUCUGGUCUUUAGCCACACCAAUGAGAAUUGGUGGGUCAGGUUGUCCUGGGAAGGGUUGCAGCUUUUCCUCAACACAGACAUUCGGGCAACAAACUGAGUGUGAGGCCACUGGGCAUCAUCUUCUAAACCAGGACCAUCAGCCUAAGAGAACUGUUGUAUACUCCAGUGUAGGGAGGGGCAAGGCUGGCCCAUCCUGGCCCGUCUCAGAACCAGUUCCCUGCUGAGCUCCAGUUCUCUUUGAUCCUCGUGGCCAGAGCAUCUUGUGUGGACCCUGUAGGCUCCUUGGGCUUCCAGCAGGACCAGAGCCACAUACUCCUCGUAUGUGCUGUGCCACCCCUGUCACACGAGCACAGAGAGCCUCGGGACGGUCUGCUCCCAGGGUGAUGCACAAGCCUCUCACCUUGUUCCUCAGAGACUGAGCUCCAGAACUUUAUUAGCGGCUCAUAGUGUUAUUUUUCUACUCUCAUCAUGAAACAAACGUUAUUUUAUAAUAAACGUGUAUUUUCUAUCAUGGGAGUUGUAGCCUUUUCCUUAUGGCACCUGUCCCUAGAAUUUCAUCCACUCCAAGGGAAGGCAGGGACUCUCCCAGCGGUUUGUUCUCAGGCUGUGCUGAGCGAUUGUGUGUGGACACAAAAGCAGUGAUGAUUUUCUUCCUCCAGCUCUAGCCUGAAUUAAUCCCUAAAGGCAUUGCCAACUUCUGUAUCUUCUUCAAGCCUGUCAUCCUAAAAGACUGCUUAUAUUCUUCACCUCUGCCUCAAAGCCAGCAUUUUUUCUCUCAUUCCUCCUACAGAUCAUUGUCAGCUUACCAGAAUGAGGCAUGAAUACUUGGAAGAAGCAUAUUCAAAACUUGCCAGUAUUUUUUGGUCAUUUUAAAAUUUCAAGUUAACGUAAAAGGAAACAUACUUUCUUUCCUUCCUUCCUUUUUUUUUCUUUCUUCCCUUUCCUU